UCGUUAAAACUUCAGUCUCUGUGGACGCGUUGUGAGAUGUAAUAUUCUUACAAGUUAACAAAAUAUUGUGUAAUGUGAAACGUUUUAUACAUAUAAACGACUAUUAAAUUUUUAUACAGACUCCAUUUGCCUUGAUUCGGCCAUAACGUUCUACAAAAUGAUAGUGAGCAAUAUAAUAACCGUCACUUUUUUCGUCAUAAUUGGAACAACGUUUGUGAGUGCAAGCGAACAACGUCAGGAAUUAAAACAAAGAGUAAUUCGGCACCAGGAAAAAAAUUCUUCAGAUGUCCUACUUGGUGCUCUUUCGAACUUCGGCGUUGUGCGAAGAUCUUUAAGUCCAAUGCUGAUCGAAAAGGACGGUAUUAAUUAUGUGGUAAAUAAACAACACAUUUCGAAAGAUGAUAAUAAAUCGAGGAACGUGAUAGAAAAAUUAAAAACAUCAGUGACAUUCCGAGAUAACAUACUAUACAUUUUCUCAUACUUAUUACACAAUCGCGAAACUGGACUCACGGAAGAGCAAUAUACAUCCCUGCAGAUUCUUAAUGAGUUUCUCAAGAAGAAAAUGGCUUAUACAUAUAAUUUAAUAUCCAUUCUAUCUAAAUUAAAUACCGUGGACAAGAAUCAACAGACAGCUAUAAUACUAUUGUCGCUGAUAAAAAAUCUACCGUCCUAUCUUCAAUGCACAGCUAGAUUCUUGAUUAAUGAGAUAGAACAAGAGAGGAUCGAUUUAAAUAAAUUACUCAAUCAGACAUCUGAGACGUUUAAUUACCUUAUCAAUAUUGAUUUAGGCAUUUUGAAAAGUAAGAUAAAAAUUGUCGACGACGAAAUGGAAGGAUAUGACAAGUAUUCGAAUAUUACGCAAAAAGCUCUCGGUCCAGUGUUCGUGAAGCUUUUUUACAAUUUACAAACGCGCACGCUAUCUUUGUCGCAAAAUCUGUUCGGCUUGAUAUUGAUAAACUUGCCCAAUCCUAACGAUGAUCCUGCAUUGGAGGAAAACAUCAGAUAUCUCUACGACUUAACCAAAAAUAAUAACAUUGAUCAUAAAACCUGGGAUUUGAUUGAAGAACAUUCCAUAAGUAGCGACGCUUACAAACUUGUAUUUUCCGUCCUGUCGAAGAUCCUCGUCUCGGACGUAGGAAUGGUUGUGAAGAACGCUGCGGCUUACGUCUAUCAUCACUUGAGACUCGUGAUGACUCCGACUUAUGACAAUCCGAACAUGAUAUAUCUACAUCGUCUGAUUAAACAAGACAUAGAUAUCGAAAUGCUAUUCUCGGCGAUCGUUCCUCAAGAGUUCGGUCCGGAUGCGAUCCGUUUGAAAGACCAUCUGGUUACGUAUUUCAUGCAUAAUUACAGAAAUGGAGAUUUGGAUAAAAUUCUCAACGGAUUCAACAGAUUUGCCUACCGUGAUCCCUUAGAUCUUCUCAUCGCAUUCCUAACGAGACUUGUGAAUCGUAUUCCAAGCUUUCCAAAUAGUAGUCUACAAACGAUACAGCAAUCAAUUACACCUCUGCUGUCAACUUUGAUCUUGAAAAAGUCUACCAGAACUUUUACGCCGUUUGUUUCACCCGAGAUUGAUGUAUUGAUACUCAUAGAAUCUCUGAAGAUUCCUGACAUAGAACCGGUGUUUCAAUCGACAAUAGAUUCCAUAAAAUUUGAAUUAAUCUCACAGCCACAAUUAUCUGUGCUUGUGAGUACUUUAUUGCCGACGGAAAAAUACAAUUGUCUUACACCUAUCCAAUGUUUGAUCUAUACGUUCCAGAAGAUACAAAGUUUACAUGAUAAUCUGCCUAUGACAUUAAUGACAAAUAUUCAAACCAUAACAUAUAUUUUGAAGACUAGAUUAACACAAAUACAAAAUUAUUUUAUACCGCAAUUUUUCAUUCCAUCUGAUACAGAUAUUGUUUUCAACGUAAGCAAUUAUGAAAUUAAACAGAUAAAGAAGUCGCAAAUAAUACCCAAUAACUUAAAUGAUAGCUUGUAUAAAUGGAAGUUAAAAAGUUAUUAUAAUGUGACAUCUGAUGUGCAAUAUGGAUCGUCAAACAAUGCAAGAAGGCAAAUUACGGAAAAUAAUAAACAAACAACCAAAAAAAUGAAAAAUAUUAAAUCUACAAAAACGAAAGUGGAAUCGUCUACAAUCGUUACAAAUCAAGCGCAAACCACCAAACAUACGGAAUCAAGUAAACUUUCUCAAGAAAAUUUAUCGGAUCAGUUUUUAAUUUUUUCGACAACAUCGAUAUAUGCUGAUUCUCCUGAAACUACUACUAAACCAUUGCAGAAACCAGAAAAGGAGCAACCUCAAUCAAUAUCUGUUUCACCGAAUAUUAUUGAAGAUCGAGAGUCCGAUGUUGAUUCUUUAAAUAUAAAAGAGGAAGGAAUUUCACCCCAAUUGAAUGUAAUCGAGGAUAUUGAAAGUCAAAUAUAUCCACUCGAAGAGAUAAAUAAAGAUAUCACAAUGAAAAAAUCUAUAGUGAAGAAAAUACAUAAAAACGAAACUAGAAAAAAAAAUUUUGUAGAAAAACCGACGAAGACCGAAAAACCAACUACAAUUAUUACGACAAUAUUACCAAAUAUAGAAUCUAAUAUUAAAGAAAAACAAGAGUCCGAUGUUAUUUCACAUAUAAAAGAAAAAGAAUUUUCAUUCCAACAAGAGUCCAAUGGUAUUUCAUAUAUAAAAGAGGAAGAAUUUUCAUCUCAACCGAAAACAAGCGAAGAAAAUGAAAGUCAAACGUAUUCACUCGAAGAUGUGAGUAAAGAUGUCACGACAGAAAAACCUACGCCAUCAGUGAAGACAAUACAUAAAACUAAGAAAGAAAAAACAAACAUUCCAGAAAAAACGACAGAUGAUGUUCCUAAAAAUAUAACUACAUCAGUAUUACCGCCAAGUAUAGAACUUAAUGAGCCUCUUAAAAUACAAUUAUUAAAUGAUAACAUUCCAAUUGUAACGCCCGACGAUCAUAAUAAAACAGUGCCUGGACUCGUUUUACCGCAAAUCACGAAACUUCUCAAACCCGCGAAUAUAAAUGAUUUCUUUUUAAAUGAUGACACACCGGUAGUAACACAAGUAUUACAACCAUUAUCUGUCAUAUUUGGCAAAAAUUAUAUUAAGAAAAUUCUUCAAGAUGAGAUAAAUGUUCACCGCACAAAUAUUGCAUUAUUAUUAGCGGUAUUGAAAAAAGCCAUAACUUAUGAGCAAGUAACAACAAAUAUAAAUUUGAUGGAUUUAAUACAAAAAUAUAUCUCUGCUAUAGAAUACAUCAGUCCAACGAUACUGUUUCCCAUCGUUGUUUCGUCAAAGAAAUUAGUAUCAAGAGUUGUUUAUUCUACGUUUAAUGUACAUGAUUUGACCCAUAGUAUAAUUAGCGAAAGACCGCCUGCUGAAGCGACCCCCGACACUAUUACUAUACCUCUCGUCAAUCCUAAAAUAUGGCUGCAAUCUAUAAAUUCAUCUGAUCCUUACGCCGAUCUACUACCUACUUUAGAAGAGGAAAGUGCUUUCGCGAAAACAAUAGAGCCUCUCAAAAAUAUUUUGACGUCUAAAAAAAAAAUCGUGGAAAUACUUGGACCAGAUUUCCAGCCGCUAGUGUAUCCGAAUAUAGGUACACUGUUGAUAACGCUUUUGCAAAAAUUGCGAAAAACUGAAAUAAUUCAAUCGGACCCCGACCUACGGUCCUUGAUUAACAUGUAUAUUUAUGCUAUUGAAAUACCAUCGAUGAACAUUCAAGUGUCCGAAGACAAUUUUGUGAAAAUGAUGUCUGAAACUACAGGUCAAUGGCAGCCUGAAUUAACGAGUUUAAUUAUUGCUCUGCCAACGCCCAAGAAUAAGGGUGAAGUUGCUAUGAUGCAGAAAAUGAAGCAAUUUUUGAAUGAUCUAACGCUGUUGGAAAAAUUGCACAUAACCAAACCUUCAUCAACUAUGUCUCGCGGAGAAUUACUGUAUAAAAUUAUUCUGAGUGCAUUGUCUGGUAAAACGCAUUUGAAAAAACAAGAUCUGAAAGCAUUCAAGUAUUACAAAGAUAAGGUGAAAUUUACUGAUAUGGGUGCCUUACCCAUCAAAUGGGUGUGGGUCAAAAUAUACGUAGCUAAAAUAAAAAUAAAUCUGGGCAGUAUAAUUCAGCAGACAGUGGAUUUUAAUGAAUUGACGUAUAAAGAAAAAAUAAUAUACAACAAUGUCAUUACAUAUCUGGCUGAAAAUCCGAAUUUACUUCAGGAUAAUGAAGAUUUUGAAUUCCAAACGUUUAAGACACAAGGACAAUUUAUCCAGGGACUGUUCAAACAUUUAUUGAAGAAGCCACAAAUUAAUAAAAAAAUUAAAAAGGACAUUCAGAAAUUACUUCCACGCGUAAAGUUAACUGGGCAAGGUGCAAUCCCGAUAUCAAACCUUUCUGAAUUUUAAAAUAUUAAAUAAUAUAUUUUAUUGUAAAUUAAAGGACUAAUUAGAAUAAUUUUAUUUUGAUUUAGAAGAAACAAAAAGCUUUAUUCAAGCCGACUAUAUUAUUUAAUAAAAAAUUAAUUUAAAAUAUUCAUUAUUUGUAAUGCUAAUCAAUUUGCUAUAUUAUUAUUAUUUAAAAAUCAUUAUCAUUUUAAAAUCUUUACUAAUUACAAAUAUAAGAAUGCGAUUAUAAUUUAAGCUGCAAAACAUGUAAGUCUGUUGUAAGCACAAUUUGUAAAACAAAGAAAAAAUAGAAAUGUAUGUAGAGAAA